GGUGCAACCUCACACAACACAGGCCUUUUUGCUCACAACGCAAUAAGCAAAAGCAACAUCCCUUGAUGUUAUUGGAACAGCAAUCAGAAAAUGGUAGCUUCAUCCAAACAAAUAUAUCUUGACAACUCUCUUCCAACUCUUUUUUCGUCGUCCUGUCAGAAAUCGCAGCUCCAGGACAAUAGAACGCCAAGACUCAAAAUCUGCCAGGGCCAGUCGGUAUAAAAGUGGAUAACAGCAUCGAGACGCGAAGAGAGUAUCAAAUCGCGUACUCUGGAUCCAUAUGGUUGACACGAUCAACUCCAGACUCUCUUCGGUCUGUAAUGUUUAGAUCUCAACUCUAGAUUUUGGUUCAUUGAACUCUGCCUCUCAUACUUCACAUCAUCGCAUUUUCCCUUUUCGCGUGCUAUCGUACCAUCGUACUAUAAGAUCAUUCACUGUUCAAUUAUUUACUCAAAAUCACGUUACUUGGGGGUUUCUUGGCUUCCCCCUGUCAACACACGAGGCAAUCAAAAAUUGGUUUCGAAAAAACCUUAGUUUACUAUCAUGCGUUGGAUAUCCAGUUUCAAAACCUGCUUGUCCAAGAGGUAGCAUAUUGCCGCGACUUACAUUAAUUUUGAAGCGAAAUCGCAUUCGAGAUGUCUGGAGUUAAUGGGGGCAGCGCAUCGCGCUCCAUCGGUGGCAUUCGUGAUCGCCCAGCUCCAUCUGUACUCAUCGAUCUUACAGAAGAUAGUGAUAAGGAUAAGAAGCGCAGUGGGAAUCGUGGUGAGAAGCGUCAGGAGGAAACCAAGGAAACUCUUAGGGAGGACUCCAGAGAGAUACCCAAGGAGAAAAGUAACAAGUCUUUCAUUGACUUGUGUUCAUCGUCUGAUGAUGAACCUUCUGUGCCGCUAACGACACAAGCAAAAGCGAAGUUAACCAAGUUGUCGGCGAGCAGUUCAAUAGCGUCGACAGCAAAGUCGGCAGUGAAGACGCCAAAGUAUAAAACCGGGGGGACAUAUAGCCUUUCAUCGGACAGCGAAUCUGACGAUGAAUUCCAUAAAGACCUGUCAGAAUCAAUUUCAAAGCAGAGUAGCGGUGAACGUAGCAAUAGUUUUAUAAAUAGAAGAUCACAUUCGAUCUUGAAGUCUGAUGGAGCGGGGAUUGUAGGCAACGUUUCUUCUCCACGUCAAGACACUAGCCGUACCGCCCGCAAGACAGUGGUCUCACAUCGAAAGUCUAACUCGGGAUCAGUUGGUCUAGCUAGCUCCGAUUCAAAUCAAAAUCACAAUACUUUCACGCUCAGUUCAACAGGAUCAACACCGUCAGCAUCGAAAGGUCUCAGAGCUGCAACAAAGCCAACAGUCACAUCCAAUCUUUCCCAUGUUAUGGGCCCGCAAUCCGGUUCGAAAACUCUUGCUCAGCCAACAUCCAAUCUCUCGGAGCCUGAUUCAAUUGUUGCAAAGGAAAGUAACACACAAAGACUGCCAUUUACCAACUCUCUUACGUCACUCCUUUCGGACAGUUCGUCUGUAUCAAAAGACCCUACUACAAGUAGUAUUCCUGCGAGAGUAGUGCCUAAAAGAGUUGCAGCUACUAUCAGGCAACAAUCUAGAUCGCCCGAGAUCAAAGAAUCUCCAAUUUCUACUAGAAGGUCCACAUCGAGAAUGUCAGGCAGAUACAAUCAAAAUGACAAUGAUGAAAUUGUAAAUCAAAACGAUCUUGCAGUUCAGAAGGAACUUGGAACGCACAAGGAACUUGGAACGCACAAGGAAACAGAUCACUUGUGGAGAUCGCGGAUGAGACGAGCAACUGGGUCUUCUGAAUCAACAGCAAAGCAAGAAAACAACCCUAGCUUAUCUAUAACAAAUCAACUGUCCGGAACCAAUCGUGAAGCAAUGGGAAGAAAUAUGGAAGAUGGUGCUGAUAGUCAUAAACUACGAAAAGGCCCCUACCAAAAGAAGGGGAAUCACGGCGGGGCAAGACGCGGGCCAGCUUGGGAAAAACAGAAGAUGGAAAGAGAGAGCGCUAAAAAUACCGAUGAAGAGACUGUAGAUGAUGACAUUGAUGAUGGUGACGAUAAUGUUAGAUCAAUAUCCCAAAAAGGAAGGACAAGAGGUCAUAAAUCGAGCAACUUAGCUUCGAGGCCUCCAUCUACUCGAUCUGAUUCGCCUUCUCUUAGAGUUCAAGAAGUAGGGAGACUUGAAAGAUUGGCAUCAUCUAUCCCUAGAUCAAGAGGAAAGUCCCCAGUCAUAGAUGUUUCGUCUGACAUGGUAUCGCAAGAGUUAUCCGCAAAGGAGAUCAGAGCAAGUUUGGUAAGGCUAGGGGAGAUAGGAAUGGAAGAUUGGGGGUUUAGCAUUGGGCGUCACUUGGAGAAACUACAGUUGCGGUCCCUUGCAGCGUCAAAUACAUCUUCUCAUGAUGAUGACGAAAAUCCUUUUGCAUCUUUUAAAGUACAAGACGAAACUUUUGAUGAAGCUAUCAGCCUAAUCACACGAACACCCAAGAAAGCAAAAAUUUCAAACUACGUAUGCCCACUGAUAAUGGGAGAUGGUGGCGUAGAGCGAACGCCAAGCUACACUCACCACAUCAAUGUCACUCGAAACCAUAUAACAGGGGAUGAUGACAUACUUCGCUAUGUUCCAUUGGUUGUUCAGAAUGAGGAGAAAGCUAUGAAUAAAUUCGAAAGGGAGUUGAAUACAGCGUACACAGAAAGGCUUGAUAAUCCAAGAGUAAAAGAACAAAUAACCCAAAUAAACAGGCGAGUGGUUGUCGCAUUAAAAAACAUAGGUUUCGACAACAAUUGUGAUAUGGACACGCUCGUUCAAUACUUUUUGGGACAUCAAUCUGGAAAGAUACCAUAUCCUACCAAGGAAAAGCAAUUGGUCCUCAAAACACUUGGUGGCCCUUUAUCUGGCCAUUUAUUGAAGAGAAUGGCUAUGGUCGCUGAGGUAAUGGCUCAAUACUUUAAGAUUGAUCUGGAAACUGUGGUUCUAUCUCAAUCCCAGUUCAAAGCUUACAUUGAGAGAUCAACUUCCGAGCUGUACAAACGAUCUGACGAACCAUCGGCUCGACUAGAGACAACGGCCCUAUUUACUUGUUUAAUUUGCCAAGGUGCUGCAUGUACAACGCAUGGUGAGUAUAAUUAUCGAAAGAUCAAUAAGGAUAUUCCUAGUGAAGAGAAUUCCUCUGAAAUCGGUUCUCCUCAACAAUCAUACUUCAAUAAGUCUGAUUACGAGUAUGCGUGGGAGAAAUCUAUCAUGCAUUUGCCAGAUGUUUUACGGAAACAUAACGGCCGAGACCAUAGUGAUGAGGAUUGGCAUCCGGAGCUUUGGAACACUGACAAAGACAUUGUCGAAGCAUGUAGUAAUGAAUGUUACAGUGGAUGGAAGGAUUGGGCGAACUAUUCUUGGACCGAAGAGGAAGAAAAUGAGUUGAAAGACGCACUUAUAAUUAAACCCAGCAGGCCAUGCGUUCUUGUGGAAAUUGUCGAAAAGCCCUGCUGGCAGAUUUAUUCCAAGAUCCUCGAGCUUGAGGACAGAAUCCCUAUGAGCAGGAGUAAGAGCCGCCAGCCGAGCGAACGGGUAGAGUGGUACAAUCCCAAAGCAAUGCCUCGCAAUCGCGGCCUCAAACCAGGUUGGCAAGAUAGCACCAUGGCACACUUGCAUGAACUACGCUCUCAACCUGUUCCUUGCGUACACGAAGGACCCUGUAGUCGCGACAUGAAAUGCUAUUGCGCUCUCAACAAUCUGCUCUGCGAACAAUUCUGUGGUUGCUCAGAUCACUGUGAACGACGAUUCGCAGGUUGUUCUUGUCAUUCAACGGGUCUGGCUUGCGCAUCGGAUACAUGCAUAUGCUUCCAAAUGAACCGCGAAUGCGGCGAUCUGUGCAAUACCUGUGGAGCAAUUUCUCGGAUACGACCGCAGAGCCGUCAUAAGAAUGAACUUUUCCAAUAUGGUUGUCAAAAUAUAGCUUUGCAACGGGGCGUGAAUAAGAAAUUGAUUCUCGGGAAAUCUCCCAUUGAAGGAGCUGGCUUUGGACUUUUCACUGCAGAGCCUGUCAGGAAAGGGGACUUCCUAAGCGAAUAUACCGGAGAACUGAUUUCUGAUAAUGAAACCGAACGCAGAGGAGUGGAAUACAAUGCGAAAUUCAUGAGUUUCCUAUUCAGCUUGAACAAAGAAUGGACUAUAGAUGCUAUGCGAAUGGGAAACAAGACGAGAUUCAUAAACCAUGCGGAAUCAGAAGCUGAUGGAAUGAACUGCGCUGCAAAGAUUCUAUUAGUCAAUGGAGAGCACAGGAUUGCAUUUCGAGCUACUCGGGAUAUUCUCAUUGGGGAGGAAUUACUCUUCGACUAUGGUCCGAAGUUUGCAGAGUUGUACGGCUUGAAUAAGAAAAGCGGAAAGGGGAAAGGAAAGAUGCCCAAGACGAAUAAAGCGACAUUAAACAGACUGGGUGGAAACGACGGUAAAGGAACGGUGCCGGGAACGGUAGCAACGAAGAGGAAAGGUUGGCAGAAAGGAAGACCGAGAAAAGCAAGCAAGAAGGCGAAGGUUCAUGAAUAUGAUGUUGCAGGACCAUCUAAUGCUGCGUACCCUGGUGAGGAGGAAGACACUGGCAAUGGCGAUGGAAUGAUAAUAGAUACUGAUCUUAAGCUCAACGACAACAUGGUACAUGAUAGCGAUGCCGAAGACGAGAUGUUGCAUGGUCAGGGUUCAGAUAUCGAGAUGGAAGAUGCGGAAGAAGAAAAUGAGAAUGAGAAUGAGGACGAGGACGAGGAUGAGGAUGAAAACGAAGAAGAGAUCGCAGUGAGAAGAACAGCUCGUCGAGCAAAGAUUCCUCUGAGAUAUACGCGAUGAAGGAGGAAGCAAGAAUUUGUAUUACGUAAGAGAUCUUUAUAUAUCACUCCCUUGCCUUCAUUUCUGGUUAUCUUUCCGUCUGUCUCUAUUGCAGUGUUUCUACAAUAGUAUAAUAUUGGUGAGUUGCAUGAUGGACUGGUGGGCCGUUGUUAGGAAUUGUGGGUUGAUGGAUAUACGGGAUAGUUAAGCACAUAGGUACAUAGAUACAUAAUGGAACGAAGUUUACA